AUGAAUAGCGCAGGGGAGGGUGAGAGCAGUGACCCCGUCUGGAAGGAUGAGGGCCCCAAAGAUAUAAAUACUGUGGAAGACGGCGUGAGCGAAAUGAACCCUCGAAUGAGUGGUACUAACCCCUUUGAGGUAGAAGAAGAGGAAGAAGACAAGGAGGAUCUGAAAAGGGAAGCAGAGGAGGACAUAUCCUCACUGCAUCAGAGCGAGAUGAUGGGCUUGUACUUCCCGGAAAUGGCCGAGGAGGAGAAGAAGAAGCCCAAGAUGGAAAGCGGAGUUGGAGGUGGUAAUGUCAUUGUUCAUGGAAGCGGCGUGGAGGAUAAGUCAAUCGACCGUGCUGCGGUUGGUCACCUCAGUACUCACCAAAAGGAUGAUGAGCGUCGUGGAGGAGGUGACAAGGUUGCCCCAGCAGAUUGUGCCGCGCAAAAUUGCGCCACGGAAAACUGUACCGCCGAAGACGGUGCUGCCAAACCGCGGGCGAGGGGUCCAUCUCCGCCGUUGCACCUGAAGGAGGACGCUCACAUGAACAAAAGUGUAAGCGAAGAAAAGCACAGAUCGUGCAUCCCUCCUAAUGAUACAUCAGAGAAUAGUUAUGAACAUGCGCAGGUGAAUAUUCCAAACUUUGACUUAACGGAGGCGGACAGCAACCUGCUUGAGGAGCUGAACGACGGAAGGUCGGACAAGUCAGACGACGGGAAAAUGAAGCUGAAGGUUCAGAACUUGCUGAAGCUGAUAGGCCUGCUCAAGGCCCAGAUAAACCAGAAGGAUCACGAGAUAUAUCAAAUGGAACUGGACUUCAAGCUGAAGAGUCAGCAGUGCGACAGGAGCAGCGCGAACCUGAACGAUUUGUUCGUGGAGAAUGAGAGCUUCUCUGACCACACAGAUGGUGCAUCAGGGGGAGCGGCGUCCAUCGCAGGUGCAGGCCCUCCUGGAGGAGGAGAUUUCCUAAUGCGAAAAAUGAAGAAUAUAUUAAUUUCACAGAACGAAGAAAUAGUAAGUCUAAAUGAAGAAUUAAAAAAAAAAACGAAAGAAUUAUUUUAUUUAAAUGAAGAAAAUAUGACCAAGAAUGAAAAGCUAGCAGAGUUAAAAAAAGAAAUUGAAGAAAAUUAUAUGCAUCUUAAAGCAUAUAAAAGUGUUAAAAAUGAAAUGGAGGCGGAUGCAAAUAACAAAGUAUAUCGUGUAGAGAAUUAUCUUAAUGUGACAAACCAAAAAUUACUCAAAAGUGAUAUAUGCAUAAAGGAAAAAAAAUUAAAUAUAGAAAAGCAAAAGAGAGUUAUAAAAGAAUUAUAUAAUCAACUGAACAAGAAGGAAGAACAAAUAAAUGAAUUAAGAAGUAUAAUUGAAAGUAUUGAAUUGAAUAAUAAUAGGGAUAUCAUCAAGUAUAAACAAAGCAACACAGAUCUCAUUAACAGACUAAGUUUAAAUAAUUCCCUUAUGAAUAGCCAAAAAAUUGAAAUAGAAAAUAUGCAUAUGAAUUAUAAACAGCUGGAGGAGGAGUUAAAAAAUAAAGACAAUGAAUUGAAGAAGCUUCAUGAAAAUUUACUAGCCAAAGAUGAAGAAAAUAAUAAAAUGGUCCACGACAUUAAUCGGUUAAAAUUUGACAUGGAGAUAAAGAACAUUGAUGUGGUUAACGUGAAGCAAAGAAUAAAACAUAUAAAAAAGGAGUGCGCCAUACAUUUGAAGAAACAGAAGGAACAUUUCACCAGUGUCAUUAAUGACAUUUAUAAGGAGAAGGAUGAGGCCAUUCAGGGCCACGUCGAGGAGUUCGCCAAGCUCUCCGAGCACUACAACGAUGCGCUCGCGGCAAACGAAAAUAUUAAAAACGAGCUAAACCUCCUCAAGGACGAAGUGUUGAAGAAGGCCUGCGAGGUGGAGAAACUCCAGGACAGGCUACUCGACUACGAGUCCAAGCUAUUAAUUUAUGAAAAUAACAACGAGAUUAAAAUCUUGAAGAAAAACGAAGACCAUUUGAGGAAGCUACUCAGCAAACACAUACACAGAAAUGAGAAGCUACUCAACACCACUCUGCUGUUGCAGAAAUCAACACUAGAAAAUAACACACUGGAGAAGAAAAUAAUUGAAUUAAAAGCCAAGACGUAUAGAAAGGACCAAGAGAUAAAGAAGCUACAAGAAACCAAUUGGAAGAAGAAAAACUCUAUAAAGAAUAGCAGCAUUUCGCAGACCGACGAACUAGUGGAAGGGAGUGAUGAUUUGAAAGACCACUACCCCAGUGGGGAAAGAAGCAGAAGGGCAGCUAGUAGCCUCAUGAACUACAGUGAUGACUGCGUCGAUGCGGGCAAUUACAUGCUCGAUUAUAACAACAGGGCGGACAAAAACAACGCACUCGAUGCUAUGCUGUUCGAGGGGGACACCAACCUGAUGAUGGGUGUCAAGGAUGACGCAACCUCGGAAGUGUCACUCCCCUUGGGAGGAACGCCGCUCGCCACCACCAGCGCUGUCACGGACGACCCAGUGUACGUGGCCCUCUGCGAAUUCAGUCACAGCCUCAAAGAAACCAACAUCCCAUUUCAAAUAAAAAAAAUAAGCGGAAAUACGUACCUCCUUAACGAUAAAGAAGUGGUCAUUAAAUUCAUAAACGGUGAUUUGUAUGUGGAGGACGGUUCUCAUUUGGUCAAGUUAAAUGACUUCCUACUGACCAGUGGACCCGGAUAA